CGUUGACAGGGAGCCUGAUUAACGUUGGCUCGCAGGGGUCUACGGAGGCCCUUGCUCAUCAGGCUGGAUCAGUGUUGCCGCCUGAGUGUACCACUUGAUACGUGUCUGCUACGCACUGGCUUCCCUUAAGGACCCGGACUUGAGAUUACAGUGAAACAGACCUUCCAUCAGCAGGGACAGCAGCGCACCAUUGCAGGGUUUGGCUGCGUUAUCUUACAAGAAAAUCAUUUUACCAAUCCUUGCAGUGUCAGUAGACACACAACAGUCAACUAAAAGAGCGGUCAUGGUAGAGUUUGACCCAGUCAGAAUGGCAGGUCAGGAGAUCACUGAGGUGCCCCUAGGGGGAGCUUCUGAAAGGAUGCGGUUGGGGCAGGCUAGCGGCAUGAGCAGCCAGUCCAAAAUCCCUCUGGGGAUGCAGAAGGCAGAGGAACUGACCAGCCUCCCAAGCUUCAAUGCGCUGCCGGUGCUGCGGACAAAGAGCAUGACACGGAAGCCGCACAUUCAACUCCCGGUGUCUUCGGAUAGCCCCCCCGCCAGCAUAAAGUCCCCCAGGGGAGUCCAACGGGACACCUCCGGCCAAAUCUGCCCUAAGUGCCUGUUGCACGUGCCGUUUUACCAGGAGCUACCUCAUUGGCGGAGCAUAGACGACUUCAUUGAUCAGAAGCCUAUCGGGUCCGGGAAGACGUCGUGGGUGCUGAGCGCGCGGUGCCGCCUGACGGGCCUCCCGGUAGCGAUCAAGAUCUACAAAAAGGAGGCGCUGACGUCGGCCAACCGGAACCAGGUGCGGCGGGAGGUGGAGAGCUUGUACGAGCUCAGGCACGAAAACCUGAACAAGCUGUACAUGGUUUUCGAGGACGCCCGGCGGGUGACCCUGAUUCUUGAGUACUGCUCCCAGGGGGACGUCUUCAAAAUGCUCGCGGAGCACAAGGGCCACAUGGACGAAGAAGUGGUUGUCGUGCGAGUGUUGGCGCCCCUUCUCCGGGCGCUCGACUACCUUCACACUCGGGCGUACAUGCACCGCGAUAUUAAGCCAGAGAACCUGUUCAUGUCGGAGGACGGCACGCUCAAGCUGGGCGACUUCGGCUUCGCGAUCAACACCGAGCGCGACGUGGCGAAAUCCAGGCUGGGAACACUAGACUACAUGUCGCCGGAAGUGCUCCAGAUGCCCAGCACCAACGACGGCUCAGACCCCGACCUGCCGUCGCCCGUCGGGUCGCCGCGCGCGGCGGAGCGGGGCUACGACAGCAAAGUCGACGUCUGGGCGUGCGGCAUCCUAGCAUACGAGCUGCUGUGCGGGAAGCCCCCGUUUGAAGUCCCCGACCGCCGCGAGACCUGCCGGAAGAUCAUAAGCGAAGAGCUUCCUGGCAAGGAAGGAUGGCCUCGGUUCCUGUCUCCUGAGAGCAUCCGGUUCAUUAAUCAGGCAACCCACAAGACGCCGUCGAAGCGCCUGACCGCCGGCCAAUUGCUGCAGCACACGUGGAUCAAGAAGUACACGCAACGCGCGGCCGCGUCGCGCUCCCCCGCCAAGCCCGACUACCCGGGCUUCCACCAGGUCUCCAGCCCCCAGUCCGUUCUCGACCUGCACCAAUUGGACGUCCUCAGCGGUGCUAACACGCCGGCGUCCGCGCGUAAGGGGGGGUCCGAAACGCCGGUCGGGAAGGGGGGGUACGAGACGGCCCCCGGAAAGGGGGGGAAGUCGAUGCCCCGGCACCUGGCGGCGCUCUUCGCGGAGGCGUUACAGUCUGGGUCGCACUGCUGCACCCCCACCCGGGGAUCGGAGUCGUCGGCGGAGUUGAUCGCGGAGGGGGGCGGUGGGGAAGGGAAAUUCGCCCCGGGCGAGGAGGGGGUGGCGGCGGAUGAGGCGGAGAACGCGGGCGGGGUGCUGGGGAUGGUGACGGCGCCGUUCCGAUUGUUUGCGAGGCUGUUGAUAGGAUAG